GAUUUAGAAAGCGGGUGCAGAGUUGACACAUAAGCUAUGAUAUCUCAUUCAAUGUGUAAGUGACGGAAGCUAAAAAACAAAAAGCCAAAUUCCUGUAAAGAACAUGCUAAAAUACGGCAUUCUUUACCGCUGCUUAAAAAAACUCGGAGCUUUAUAAGAGCACCUGAACGCGCCCCCACCCCGAACUCCCCUGCUGUAAACAGACGGUGAGCUUCAACUCCAGUUGGAUCCGACCAGAACUCGGGAGAACUACCCGAAAAACAGCGAUGGUAACACCGGAAAUGUUCCCUUUUCAACGCGAGGCACUUCACGUAAAGUCCGUGCGGCGUUUGGGUUUUUUCGGAAGCCUCCAGCUUCCCCUCGAGCCACUUCAGGGGCAGUUGUUAACGCCACCUGAGUAACUAACUCUUCAACAGAUACUCGAACCGAGGACACUUGUUGUUGGGCUUUAUUUAAACCGACCGGAACACAGCCGGCUGCUUUUGUUUUUCUUCUAUUCUAUUCUACUUUCUUUUUUUUUCACUGAGUGAGCAUCGCCAGAGAAAAAGGAGGGACCACGAACUGUAUUUCCGUCAAAGUCGGUCAAGGUCCCACGAUGACCGCCCUCGAGGACGGCGACAUGGGCUCCUUCGGCCCGGAGCUGCCGGCCAUGUUCGACGGCGUGAAGCUGGCGGCGGUGGCGACCGUCCUCUACGUCAUCGUCCGCUGUCUGAACCUGAAGAGUACCACAAAACCGCCCGAGAUCGUCCACCAGGACACUCCGCUCAGCCGCUACCUGUUCAAGUCCUGCUCGAUGCUGACCAAAGAAUACAUUCCUCCCUUGUUGUGGGGCAAGAGCGGACACCUCCAGACGGCCCUGUACGGCAAGAUGGGGCGUGUCAACACUCCGACGCUCUCCGGGACACGCAAGUUCCUCCCGAUGCCGGACGGGGCCACGGCGACCUUUGACCUCUUCGAAGCUCUAGGAGAUCACAGCGCAGGAGAUGACGUUACCAUGGUAAUCUGCCCUGGGAUCGGUAACCAUAGCGAGAAGAACUACAUUCGUACCUUCGUGGAUCACUCCCAGCGGCGGGGUUACCGCUGCGCCGUCCUCAACCACCUGGGAGCCCUGCCCAACGUGGAGCUCACCUCGCCCCGCAUGUUCACCUACGGUUGCACCUGGGAGUACGCCGCCAUGGUGGAGCACAUCAAACGGGCUUUCCCUCAGACGCUGCUGGUGGCUGUGGGCUUCAGCCUGGGGGGGAACAUCGUCUGCAAGUUCUUGGGUGAGAGCCCGUCCAACCAGGACCGGGUGCUGUGCUGCGUCACCGUCUGUCAGGGUUACAGCGCCCUCAGAGUCCAGGAGACGUUCUUUCAGUGGGACCAGUGCAGGAGACUCUACAACUUUGCGCUGGCGGACAGAAUGAAGAAGCUCAUCCUGUCACACAGGAGCACUUUGCUCGGCCUGGCCGGCAGCAACAUCGGUGAGGUGGACCUGAGCCGACUGUACGCCGCCACGUCUCUGAUGCAGAUCGACGACAGCAUCAUGAGGAAGUUUCACGGCUACAGCUCCUUGAAGGAGUACUACGAGAAGGAGAGCUGUAUGAACUACAUCCACAAAGUCACUGUGCCGAUGUUCCUCAUCAACUCCUCAGACGACCCACUCAUUCAUCAGUCGCUACUGGAAAUACCGCGCACGCUCGCAGAAAAGAUGCCCAACGUGAUGUUCGCCCUGACCCAACACGGGGGCCACCUGGGCUUCUUCGAGGGGGCCAUGCUGUUCCCUCAGCCGCUCACCUGGAUGGACAAGGUCGUCGUCGGGUACGCCGACGCCGUCUGCCACUGGGAGAAGAACCGCCCGGCAUGCCGGAGGAGCAGCCACCGGGACGUGAACUCCUGCCCGAAGAAGAGGACGCCGGGUGACGAGCGGCGUGCGUAAGAAGACUUGAGACGGGACGAUGGACCAACAAAAAAAAAAAAAAAUAUAUAUAUAUAUAUAUAUAUAUAUAUACACAACGACGCACACGCCGCCUGUCUUUUGCUCUACGUCGGGACAUCGCGGCCUCAAAGCGCUCUGAGGAAAUGUAAGCUGGUCUCUUUUUAAAAAUGGAUGAGAGGAGGCGAAGUUCAAGUGGGUCGUGCUAAAUUAUGUAUUGGAACGCGUGGAAGAUACCUGAACCCCCCACCACCAUGUUGAAUCGGGUCCUUCCUCUUGUUCCCGGUUAACCUCCCAGUGUAACACCAGUUCACCCUCUGCUGGUUUGGAAAGCAGGGUGAUAUAAUUAGUGGUGGGUGGUGGAUGUGACCUCUGACCUGAAGUGUGUGUGUGUGUGUGUGUGUGUGUGUGUGUGUGUAAGAAGAGAAAAGUGUGUUUCUCGACAUGAAUGAAUCCAAUAUUCAUACGUCGGCUCACGCAACUAGAAACACUUUAAACUUAAAAGCCUUAAACCUUUAACCCAUAAUAUCCUUAAAAAUACACCUGAAGACCCCCGUCAGUUAUAUUUUGAAGCAUUUUUUUUAAUUUUUUUUA